UACUUCUUGCUGUUUAGCUGACUUACAUUGCAUUUAGGAGGUUCUUAACUUAUUCUUAUUCUUCUAAACAUAUUUUAAACUACACAUUUCAAUAUCAUAUUUUUAAAUUCGACUUUGACACGUACUGUGUUCUUUUUUUUCAAACGGCAUUUGUUUUGAGUUGAGUGAUUUCAUAUUUGGGCAUUACCUUGAAACAACGUUCUACUUUCUACUCAAACAGGAACAAGAGGAUACUCCAACAGCAUCUCUUUUGAACCUGGAGCCCACUGAAACUUUAAUGGAGGUCAGUCCGGCGACACAGAGGAGGAUCAGGGCCUCGCUGUCUGAUCUGGACAAUGAAGAGGCGAUAGAAAACCUCUCCGUGCGCCAGCUCAAAGAGAUUCUCGCCAGGAACUUUGUCAAUUACUCCGGCUGCUGCGAGAAGUGGGAGCUGCUGGAGCGAGUGCAUCGACUCUACAGAGAAAAUGAGCAUAACAGGAAAUCCAUGGAAAAUGUGAGCAUAACACCUAACACAUGUGCAG